AUGUGGAAAUCGAAAUCUAGUAGGGUUGAUGAAUCAUGGACACUCCCCGUAGAUUUAAUUUGGGAAAUUCUAAAAUUGAUUCCCGUCAAAACCUUGCUUAGGUGUAAGUGUGUGUGCAAACUUUGGUUAUCCAUAACUCGAGAUCCGUUGUUCAUCUCAUCAUAUGGCGGCGGUUUCAAAGGUCUUCUUGUCACUCGUUCACAUCAUGACAUAUAUCAGAAUCAUGAUUUCUUUUACAUGAAUUUAUCACCCGAAGGUCAUCAUAAUAAUGAGGAUGUUGGAGUCUCAAGCCACAUCUCGGAGUUUCACACCCUAAACCUAGGCCAGCCCAUGAAAUCCAAAGCUCCUGUAAACGGCCUUGUAUGCUUCUAUCAUGGCAAAAACUCGUGUAUCUACAACAUUGCCACCAGGGAAACGAUGUAUCUUCCCGUCUCGAAUUGCGAUCUCGAUAUUUGCGACUACCAUCUUGGUUAUGAUCCCUUUAACAGAGUGUACAAGGUACUCAAGACAUGCACCCUCAAUGGAGGUCGGGGCGAUUGUCCACGUCCCAGACAUAAGCAUAUAUUGAACUGCGAGAUUUUAACCAUAGGUGUUGAUUCGUCCUGGCGUAGUAUUGAUCCUGCGCCUUGGGAGUUAAGCAGCAGUGCUUAUUGUGGGAAUGGAGGACUCUAUUGGGACAGUAACUUUUCCCGGUCCAUUGGAGUAUCCCAAUUUAUCUGUUUUGACCUUGUUCAAGAGAAUUUUAAAUUCAUCACUAAACCCCGGAUGAUAGGAACAUUUAGGUGGUUGUUUGGACCAAAACCCGCCGUAGAAAGGUGUUCCAAUGUGUUCUACAACAACCACGAGGGUGAUCAUCCUAUGGGGCCUUGGAUAGAUAACGAGCUUCGUUCAUAUAAACGGGCAACUAAUUUCUUCGAGGACAUUCAUAAUCUCAGCUCCUGGACAGAGCACAAUAUCAGGGUACCGGAAGGAAAAGCUGUCACUACACUCCCCAAUGGAGACGUGAUUUUCCUGAAAAGUUAUCCUAGCAAUUGGAAGUUUCCGAUGCCGUUUUAUGUAUAUGAGCGAACCAGUAGGGAGCUCAAGAAGCGUUUCAUAGCGGACUGUCCUUCAUCAUCCAUUGCACAAGAAUGCUUGCUCAACUUAACUGAGCCUGUUGUAGCUUUGUAUUAUGAGGAGAAUAUCACCCCGUUGGGUUGUUUAGGUUCUAGCUAA